CGUAAAUAGUAUUUUUCCAUUAUUUUAAUUGUGUAUAGUUUUAGAUAUACAUCCUCUUUAAGCUUCUCAGGUAUUAAGAGAAAACACACUCACCUUCAUACAACAAGUGAUGGCUUUCAGAUUGGCAUCUUGGGUUCUUUUCCUUCUUCUUACUCUUGUGAAAGGAGAUGGAUCUAAAGGAGCAAGUGUCAUAAGACUCAAUACCAUGGAUGAUGUCCAUCAACAUGACCAUAUGCACCAAGGUCAUGUUCAUGGUCAUCAUCCGUCGUCGUCGUCAUCCAAGAAUCAAAAAGACCCUCGAGUCAUGGUUUUCUUCAUGUUACAAGAUCUAAAAGUAGGUGAAAUCAUGCCAAUUCACUUCCCAAACCGACACGUUUCUCCUUCUCAACUACUGCCUAAACACGAAGCCGAUAACAUCCCUUUUUCGCUAGCCGAAUUGCCUAACAUCCUUCGUUUGUUCUCUUUCUCGCAAGGCUCGCCACAAGCCAAAGCCAUGGAAAGCACACUCAAAGAAUGUGAGGUCAAGCCCAUCAAGGGCGAGACCAAACUUUGUGCGACUUCUUUGGAAUCCGUGCAAGAAUUCGCAGGCGAUAUAUUUGGAUCCGACACUCGAGUCCAAACUUUGGCCACAACCCACCUAAAAGAUCCACCAAUUGGAGUUUUACAAAACUAUAAAGUUAUUGCAAUCUCACAAAACAUACCAUCUCCAAAAUUAGUGGCUUGUCACACCAUGCCAUAUGCCUAUGCGGUGUUCUAUUGCCAUAGCCAAGAAAGUGAAAACAAAGUGCUUAUGGUUACAUUAGAAGGCGAAGACGGUGAUGUGGUCGAGGCAUUGAGUGUUUGCCACAUGGACACGUCUCACUGGGGCCGUGGUCACAUCGCGUUUAGCGUGCUUGGGGUCGAGCCAGGAGAGACCUCGGUUUGCCACUUCUUUCCUAGUGAUAAUUUCGUGCUCAUACCUUCUUUCGCAACGGUGUAAUAAGUCCUUUGAGCUCAAAUAAAGAACGGUUUAAAGUUUACAUAACCUUCAUUUGUAACGUUAAAAAGUUUGUCUACGAGUCGUCCCAGCUUGUUUAUGUAAUGUUUUGUCAUGUGUUAUACUUAAACGAUCGAUGUCAGGUACUUCUUGGCAUGUUAAUGAAGACUAUAGAAAGUGUUAUUUAUUUUUCGUAGUUAACACAAAUGUGUACUUUUAGUUUGAAUGAUGUUACUAAAAUAAAGUCAUUUACUAAAUGUA